UCCCCUCAUCACAUGACGACUACCACUAACCUAGAGAGCGAGCGUACCAGAGCAGUGAAAAAGUAUAAACAAAGGCUAAAACAGCAACAAUAUUACUUUUGUGGAUUAAUUAGAAAUUAGAACCUGCGUGUGCAUUGGCGAUUUAUUUCCCAUGCUUUUAAGAAAAAUGAUCAUGAUCUAUUUUCGAGACAUUUGUUCGUGCUGUGCUAUGGGUUAGCUUGUCAGUAAUGUCUUUUGUGAUGUUUUGAUGCAAUCUGAAUACCUGUAAUUUGUUGCAGUGAUUGUUCACGCUGCUUAAAUCAAGAUGAAUGCUCUGGUAGCUCUCUGUCAUUUCUGUGAGCUCCAUGGCCCCCGGACCCUGUUCUGCACCGAGGCUCUGCACCCCCCGUCCCCCACACCCUCCCAGGCUGGCGCCCCCAUACCCGGGGACAGAGAGUCGGACAGAGAGGGAGAGGGACUCACCAUGAGGGCAAACAGCUCAGCUACACAGAGAGGAGACAUGUGCGAGGGCUGCCGGUCUCUCCCAGCGUCUCACCCUGGCUUCGUCAGCGUUGACAGUGAGACAGGCAUCCGAUUCCUCAGCCACCAACACCCCAGACAACCCCAGCUCUUCAGUGUGGUCCGCCAGGCCUGCGUACGGAGCCUCAGCUGUGAGGUGUGUCCAGGUCGUGAGGGUCCUAUCUUCUUUGGGGAUGAGCAGCAUGGUUUUGUGUUCUCUCACACGUUCUUCAUCAAGGACAGCCUGGCCCGGGGCUUUCAGCGGUGGUACAGUAUCGUCAUGGUAGCCAUGGACAGGAUCUACCUCAUCAACUCCUGGCCCUUCCUGCUGCGCCACCUCAGACUCACGAUACAGAGUCUACAGAGCACAGCACUGAAGGUGUUUGACAGUGAGCAGUGUGUGUGUCCUCAGAGGGCGGUGAGGAUGAACAGCGUGUUCUCUCCUGCUGUCUUCCCCCACCAGAGGAGUGGUAACGCAGCCCGCUCCCUGCCCUCCCUCACCCAGCACACCAACCUCUGGGCCAGCCUACACUCCUCCUUCAGCUGGUUACUGAAGGCCUGUGGUAGUCGUCUGACAGAGAAGCUGCUGGAGGGAGCUCCCACAGAGGACACACUGGUUCUUAUAGAGAGACAGACAGAGCAAGAGGAGGAAAUGAGUUGCUGGGAAGGAGCAGAAGGGGGCGGGUCUAGACCCCCGUGCCACCAAUCUGAGAGCGAGCUGUACAGAGACUUCUUGUUUGACGAGGGGAAAGCAGAGGGGUAUCCUGGUCCAAAGUUCAGGUCCUUGAGACAUUUAAGACAGGUGCUCGGGACCACUGAUUUCCGCCAGCUAGCAUGGCACGUGCUCAUGGGAAAUCAGGUCAUAUUGAGAGGGGCUGACCCAGGGCUCAUCCAUUCAGCAUUCACCAUGUUGAAGGCCUUGCUCCCGGUGGGCUGUGUCCGCUCUGUGACGUACAGCGCCCAGUAUGAGGAAGCAUACCGAUGUAACUUCCUGGGCCUCAGCCCUGACGUGCCCAUCCCCACACACGUCAGCUCCUCAGAGUUCUCAGUGUUGGUGGAUGUGGUCAGUCUGGAGAGGGGCUCUCUGUACUCUGCUGCUUGUGGUGAAGACAUCCUCUCACUCUAUCAGUUCAACAUCAGCAGUACCAACUCACAGCCUACAGAUAAAGGUCCCACGUUGUUGAAUAAGAUCGAGGUGGCGUUGUCCAAUGAGAACCUGUCAGUGGACGUGGUCUCUCACUGUCUGCUGUGUCUGAAGGAGGAGUGGAUGAAUAAAGUGAAGGUGCUGUUUAAGUUCUCCAAGGUAGAUGGGCGUGGGAGGGAGGACACCCAGAAGGUGUUGGCCCUGCUGGGUGCCACGGGGCCUGGGGAGGAGGACAACGUCAGGCUGCUCAAGUUCUGGAUGACAGGACUCAGCAAAACCUACAAGAGCCAUCUGAUGACCGCUGUCAGAGGAGGGGAGAGGCCCCUUAGCCAGUGAGAGAGCAGUGGAGGAGAAGAUGGGAGGUAGUGGGAGAGACCAUACAGCUGGAGUGAAAUAUACUGUAUCUCAGUAUAGGAGGCUGGUGGGAGGAGGUAUAGGAGGGUGGGCUCAUUGUAAUGGCUGGAAUGGAAUAAAUGGAACAGAAUCAAACGU